UCCGCUCCGCCUCGACGGGCGCCGGUAGCCGCGGGGAGGCCGCGCCGCACCCCGCGAACAGCAGGGCCCCGCCCGGGAGCGCGGAGACUGCUGCGAAGAGGAGCGAGGAGAAGCCAGAGAAGCGCCGCCACCAUGCUGAGCGUGUUCCGCUCCAUCCCCACGCAGAUGGACUACAAGGGCCAAAAAUUAGCAGAACAGAUUUUUCAAGGAAUCAUUCUUGUCUCUGCAGUAAUUGGUUUCAUCUAUGGAUACAUCACUGAACAGUUUGGAUGGACUGUCUACAUAGUUAUGGCUGGAUUUGCUUUAUCAUGUCUGCUGACACUCCCUCCGUGGCCCAUGUACCGCCGCAAUCCCCUCAAGUGGCUGCCUGUCCAGGAGUCGGGCGUGGAAGAGAAGAAAGCAGCAGACAGGAAGCCAAAGAGACAUUCUAAAAGCUAAAAGUUUCCAGGCUGUUACUUUGUUAAAUUUUGUAAAAUUAAUUUCCACUGAAAUA